AUGUGCUGGCGAUCGCAGACUAGUCACAUUCACUUGAUGUUCCUUUCUGCCCUACAAAAACAGGAAUAUUCAGAGCGAGUUAUUUGGCGCAAAAAUACUUUGUCUAGCAUAAAUAUAUUCACGCAACCAGGCAAACAUGUCAAACAAGCUGAAACGUUCAAAGGGAGCGGUGGAAUGCCGUCCCCAACAACUAUUAACGUAAGAGUCAGAAACCAACAAAAUGAAGAAUGUAUUGCAGUCCUCCCGAAAUAUGCCACACGCACGGUAGAAAAUACAGUUUAUAGUGAUGGAAUGAAUAUGAGAUACCUGGAUGUUCACCUGGAAUGCAAUAUAUUUCCGAUAUUUCAGUUUCCCUGGGGGUCUCCUAUGUUAAUAAUCCCCUUCGACAUCAGGCAACAGCACAGUGCUGCUCUAAUGACGAGUCAUAAUAAUGUUUUUAGAAUUUGUCCGAUAAUGUCGCCUCUUAUAAUGCUCAUUUUACGGAAGUAG